AUGGCGGCUGUAACUUCUUUUUCUUUCAGUUCGAUUAGUCUAUCCAAGUUUCCAAUUCCUUCGGCGCGUAAUUUGGCUUCCAAUUUCGAUGCUUUUAAGUUUCGGAGCGGGAUUUCAACUCGCGAUUCGUUUAAUCUUCGAGUUUCGACGAGUUCACGAGUGGUAAUUCAUUGCAUGUCAACUUCCACAGAUGUACCUACUGUGUCUGAGACGAAGGUAAAUUUCUUGAAAGCAUAUAAGAAGCCGGUUCCAAGUAUAUACAACACUGUAUUGCAAGAGCUGAUAGUACAACAACAUUUGAUGCGGUACAAGAGUACAUAUCGAUAUGAUCCUGUGUUUGCACUUGGUUUUGUUACCGUGUAUGAUCAGCUCAUGGAGGGCUACCCAAGCGAUAAGGAUCGAGACACUAUUUUUAAAGCUUAUAUUAUGGCUCUAAAUGAGGACCCUGAUCAAUAUAGGGCUGAUGCACAGAAGUUAGAAGAAUGGGCCCGUUCUCAGACUGCCAGUACUUUAGUCGAUUUUGCAUCAAGGGAAGGAGAAGUUGAAGCCACCUUAAAGGACAUUGCAGAAAGAGCAGGGAACAAAGGAAAUUUCAGCUACAGCCGAUUCUUUGCUGUCGGUCUCUUCCGGCUGCUCGAGUUAGCAAAUGCAACAGAACCCACUGUCCUAGAAAAGCUUUGUGCAGCACUGAAUGUAAAUAAGAGAAGUGUUGAUCGUGAUCUUGAUGUCUACCGCAAUCUACUCUCUAAGCUGGUUCAAGCAAAAGAAUUGCUAAAGGAAUAUGUUGACAGGGAGAAAAAGAAAAGAGAAGAAAGGACAGAGUCUCAGAAAGCUAAUGAAGCUGUAACAAAAUGCUUGGGGGAAUACCAAUAUGCUGGGUUAUGA